GCGAGAGCGCAUCGAGCUGACCGUCAGACCAUCGCAUUUUCCUCCACGCAACGAGGGAGGCUGUCUACCGGAAGCUGCGAAAUCGCCGGGAGAGGAGGACUCGCGGUGCCGGCUGCGGCGAGCUAUGCCACCCACGGCCUGGACACCGCUAGCCGGAGCUUGCCUAGUACCUACCGCCCCAGCGAGAGGGCCGUGAUCUCCUCGCCCUAUGGCUAGCCGACGACCGAUCUGCCCCGCGUGGCACCCUAGGCUCUACUUGCUCGCAGGUCCUGGAAAAUUUAUUUUGAUUGGAUAACUUGUUUACGGAGGCUUCCUGGAGAUUCCAAUGGCCUAGCAAUUCCUGUGGAGGAUGUUCAUUUGUAUCUAUCGUUUACUUACGGUAUUGUUGAGGGCAACGAUGAUAUUGGGAAAUGCAGCCUCUGCAUGUGAGUGAGCUGUAGAGAAACAGUACAAAUGGGAAGGAAAGGCUCAGAAGUGUCACCAAGUAAAAGGUAUCCCUUGAGAUCUGCCCAUGGUAGCGGUAGAGUUCUUCGCUCUGCCUCAGCCAAGGAUAAUAAGGCAUGUAAUGAGCCUCCAAAUGCUAGUGCUGCAGCCCAAUCAGCUGUGAGUAAAAGAAGAAAUGGCAGUCCGUCGGUCAGGCCCAACAACAGUGUCAGGGUGCUUCGCUCUGCGUCAAAAAAUAAGGAUGAUGCAUGUAGCGAGCCUUUAAAUGACUGGACCACUGCUAAGCCAGCUGCAAAUGAAAGAAAAAGUGCCAGUCCCUCGCACAUGGGAAGUACCACUAACACUGUCAGGGUGCUUCGCUCUGCGUUAAAAAGUAAGGACGGGGUAUGUAGCGAGCCUAUAACUAACAGGACUGCUGGUGAGCCAGCUGCAAAUAAAAGAAAAAAUGUCAGUCCCUCGAAGCUGAGAAGUCCCAGCAACAGUGUCAGAGUGCUUCUAUCUGCCUCAAAAUAUAAGGAGGAGACAUAUACCGAGCCUUUAAAUGAUAAUACUGCUGUUGAUCCAGGCACAAAUAGGAGGAAAAUUGCCAGCCCCUCAAAGGUGGGAAGUCCCAUUAGUCCCAAUAACACUGUUAGAGUGCUUCGCUCUGCUUUAAAAAGUAAGAAUGAGGCAUGUAGUGAACCUCUAAAUGAUAGUACUGUUGGCCAACCAACUGUGAAAAGAAGAAAAACUGGCAGUCCCUUGAAGGUGGCAAGUCCUGUUAGCAGUGCCAGGGUGCUUCGCUCUACCUCAGAAAGGAAGAAUGAUGCAUGCAAUGAGCCUUUAAAUGAUAGUACUGCUGCUCAACCUGCUGCAGGGAAAGGAAAAGGUGAGACACUUUUAAAGACAGAUAGUCCGAACAUUGAUGUCAGGGUGCUUCGCUCUGCCUCAGGAAACAAAAACGAGGCAUGUAGUGAGCCUGUAAAUGAUAGUACCUCUGCCCAAAAAGCUGUGAGAAAAAGGAAAGGUUGCAGACCGUUGAACGAUCGCAGUCCCAAGAAGGAGUAUGUAAAAAUUUGUCAAAGAGUUAGAUAUAUAUUGAAUCGGAUGAACUAUCAACAAAGCUUUAUUCAGGCUUAUGCAAGUGAAGGUUGGAAAGGUCAAAGUUUGGAAAAAAUAAGACCUGAGAAGGAGCUUGAACGAGCCAAGGAAGAAAUCCUACAAUGCAAGUUAAGAAUCCGGGAAGCUUUUCGGAAUAUGGACGCAAUUUUAUCUGAGGGGAAGCUUGAAGAGUCUUUAUUUGAUUCUGCAGGACAAAUUUCCAGUGAAGAUAUUUUUUGUGGCAUAUGUGGUUCAAAGGAUGUUACUUUACAAAACGACAUCAUUCUUUGUGAUGGAGCCUGCGACAGAGGGUUCCACCAGAACUGUUUGAAGCCUCCUUUGCUAACUGAAGAUAUACCUCCGGGGGAUGAAGGAUGGCUGUGCCCUGCAUGCGUGUGCAAAGCAGACUCUAUAGAUGCACUAAAUGAACUCCAAGGAAACAAACUCUCUAUUCAUGACUCAUGGGAGAAAGUUUUUCCUGAGGCUGCUUCACCUGCAAAUGGUUCUAAGCAAGUUGGCUCUUCUGAUCUGCCACCGGAUCGUAUAGAGGACAAUGAUUACAACCCUCCAUUGGCUGAAGGGCACAUGAAUCAAGACAGGUUUUCUGCAGAGGAUGAUGGCAAAGGUCAGAUUCUGAUGUCUCAUAUUUCAUCACCUUGUUUGAGCAUUCUGAACCUUUUAAAAACAGAAUGUCUGUUUCUUCCAAUAUUUGCAAGUACAGUGGAUGACCUUGGCUUGCCUUCGGAGGAUUCAGAGGAUGAUGACUUUGAUCCAGCAGGUCCAGAUUCUAGCGAAGACCCAAAAAAUGAAUUGAACUCAGAAGAAUCAGAUUUCACAUCUGACUCUGAUGAUUUUUGUGCUGAGAUUGCUAAAUCUUGCGGCCAGGAUGAAGUCUCGGCAUCUCCAUUAUUAGAUGUGAUAAACCGUACUGAUAGAAUGAAAACCAAGGCUGUUGGUAACCACUCAAAUGAAGAAACCUCCAAUCGUGCAUUUGCAGACAUGGAGCUUGAUCAAGGCAUGGUGCUACCAAUUUCGAGUAGGCGGCAGGUUGAACGGUUGGAUUACAAAAAACUAUAUGAUGAGGCAUAUGGAAAAGAAUCAUCUGGAUCAAGUGAUGAUGAAGAGUGGUCUGGAAAAGAACUAUUAGAAGGCAGCGAAACAGAUUCACAUGGUGAGCAACUUCAUCCUGCGAAACGAUGCUCUAGAAGAGCACCAGCUGGGCAACAGAAUAAUGAACAUACCCCACAGAGGGAGCGGCUUCAUGGUUCUGAAAGUGAGCAGCAAACUAAAGUUUUUCGCUCCAAUGGCAGCAGUAGCACAGGACGGAAGUUUGGUCCUAUAGUUACCCAGAAAUUGAAGGUGCAUUUUGAGGAAGAUCCAUAUCCUAGUCAUGCAACGAAAGAAAAUCUGGCACAAGAACUAGGAUUGACAUUCAAUCAGGUCUGCAGAUGGUUCUCUAGUACUCGUCAUUAUUCAAGGGUCGCUUCUGCCAAAAAAGAAAAACAUCCUGACAACCAUACUAGUGAGAAUAAUGAUAGCACAAAUGUGCAUAGCAUGCAAACGAGAGAACCCAGUGCUGGGGUGAUGGAAAAGUUGACUCUGGAUAGAAAUGACAUUGUUCCUGAGAAACCGAUGGUGCAGAAUAAUCUUAACCAAUGUAACAAAAAAGAUAUGCCACUUUCUGGAACAGAAAUUGAGAUGGAGUCGUAUGGACAAGAAUCAUCUGACUCGAGUGAUGAAGAGUGGUCUGCAUUUAGCACACCACGGAAAGCAAGAUUGCAAGACAACGAAACGGCAUCACCUGCUGAGUCACUUCAUCCUGCAAAACGGUGUUCUAGAAGAGCACCAGAUAGGGGGCAGAAUAAUGAACAUACUCCUCAGAGCGAGCAGCGGCAUGGUUCUGCAAGUGAGCAGCAAACUGAUGUUCUUUGCUCCAAUAGCAGUAGUAGCAAAGCCUCCAAAUAUCAUUUUGGCCCUAUAGUUAAUCAGAAGCUGAAGGCACAUUUUGAAAAAGAUCCAUAUCCUAGUCGUUCAACAAAAGAGAGUCUGGCACAAGAGCUAGGACUGACAUUUAAUCAGGUCAGUAAAUGGUUUUCUGCUAUCCGUCAUUAUUCAAGAGGUGCUGCUGCCAAGAACAAAAAACAUCCGGGAAAAAAUACUACCGAGAAUGAUAAUAGCACAACUUUUGAUGGCGUACAAAUAAGAGAAGGGUUGGUGGAAAAAACGUCUACAGAUAUAAAUGACAUGAUUUCUGAAAAAUUGAUGGUCCAAAUUAAUCUCAAUGAAGGUAUCGAAGAAGAUAUUCCACCCAGUCAAUAUACCAGGUGUGAAGAGAGAGCAACUAUGACUCCCACUACCAUCUCAAGGGAUGUUGGCCCGCCGGGAUAUGGGCCUGGAGAAAAUUUUCUUCAGGUCGGUUCAAGGAAUACUUGUGAGCAGAAUGUGAUAACGACUCCUACUCCAAUCUUAAGAGUUGAUCCACCAGGAUAUGUGCGUGGAGAAAAUCAGGGCAACGACGCUCCAUGGAAUACAAGUUGCGAGCAAAGUAUGUUUAUGAGUUCUGCAACCAUCUCAAGAGAAGUUGGUCCUCCAGGAUAUGGACCUGAACAAAACCAAGGAGUGUCAAUGAGUUCUACAACCAUCUCAAGAGAAGCUGGUCCACCAGGAUAUGGCUCUGGAGAAAACCAGGGCAGUGGCACUUCAUGGAAUACAAGCUGUGAGCAGGGAAUGUUUACUAGUCCUGCGAUCAUCUCAAGAGAAGUUGGUCCGCCAGGAUAUGGGCCUGGAGAAAACCAGGGUAAUGGCACUUCACCUAAUACAAGCUGUGAGUUGAGAAUGUUUACAAGUCCUAUGGCCAUCUCCAGAGAGGUCAGCCUGCCAGGGUAUGAACCUGGAGAAAACCAGAACAAUGGCACUUCAUGGAAUAUGAGCUACAAGAAGGGAGUGUUCAUGAGUCCUACAGCCAUCUCAAGAGAAGUCGGUCCUCCAGGAUUUGGGCCUGGAGAAAACCAGGGCAGUAGCACUUCGUGGAAUAUGAGAUGCGAGCAGAGAAUGUAUACGAUCCCUACGGCCAUCUCUAGAGAAGCCAGACCACCAGGAUAUGGGGGAGAAAAUCAAGGCAAUGGUGCUUCUUGGAGUAUGAGUUACGAGCAUGGAGUGUUUUCGAGCCCUACGGCCAUCUCAAGAGAAAUUGGUCCUCCAGGAUAUGGGCCUGGAGAAAAUCAGGGCAAUACUACUUCGUGGGUUACAAGCCGCAAGCAGAGAAUGUUUACUAGUCCUACGACUGUCUCCAGCGAAGGUGGCCUGCCAGGAUAUAGCAUCGUAGAAAACCAGGGAACCGGCGGUUCAAGGAAUAUAGACUUGGAGCAGAGAGUUUUUGUGACUCCUGCCACUAUCUCAAGAGAAGUCUUUCCACCAGGAUACAACUUGGAGCAGAGAGUGGCUGCGACUCCUGCCACCAUCUCAAGAGAAGUCUUUCCACCAGGAUACGGGCCUGGAGAAAACCAGGGCAGUGGCGCUUCAGGGAGUGUCAGAAUCCCACAAGGUAGGUCUGCAGAGAAGGUUGGAUUUUCAGAUGAGGCUCGGAAGAAGGCCAUACAACGAGAGCUGAGGCGGCGGCAGAAGUUCAGGUGAUGCGCAUGAUGUGAACAAUCUGAUGCAGGGCAACAAAUUUUGACACCGAAUCACUUAAAAGACUGCAGGUCCGGUCUUGAUGGCUAAAUGAGUGACGACAUUAGUUGUAGAGAAGCAAAUCCCUUGUUGUGGAUCCUGUUGUAGCAUUUGCGUAUGUUCCUUUUAGAGGCUUGCUUGGUUUGUAAAGAAUUUCUUUGAGACCUGAAGAAUUUAACGUGCUGUGAAUCUUGUGCAGUCUCCUUUGUUGUACCAGGGGUGUCGCAGUAGCAUAUGGUGUGGGGCUGGCAUGUUAUCUGGGUUGUACGACCUGCAAUUUGACAUUGCUAGAAGGGUCAAAUAAUGCUCUCUUCCAGAAAA